AUGCGCUCGCUGAAUGAGACAGCGUGCUCGGCGUUGUGGGACGACGUGCGCUGGGAUGAGCCGGCAAGCAUCGCAAGUCUCGCCGUGUUAGCGCUCAUCGACGUGCUAGUGGUCGCAGGUAAUUGCUUGGUGAUAGCGGCUGUGCUGUGCUCAUCGAAGCUACGCAGCGUUACCAACCUAUUCAUCGUGUCGCUUGCGGUCGCCGACCUGUUGGUUGGGUUGGCAGUAUUGCCUUUCUCCGCCACCAGAGAGGUAUUCAAGAUAUGGAUAUUCGGCGACGUGUGGUGCUCUGUGUGGCUGGCAGUCGACGUCUGGAUGUGCACCGCUUCGAUCCUCAACCUGUGCGCGAUAUCCCUGGACCGAUACGUGGCAGUGACACGACCAGUCAGUUACCCCAGCAUCAUGAGCAAGAAGCGAGCUAAGGCACUGAUCGCCGGCUUGUGGGUACUUUCCUUCGUUAUUUGCUUCCCACCGCUGGUCGGGUGGAAAGACAAGAAACCAGAAGAAGCGGAAUUAAAGGAUGGGUGGUCUCCCAACCCGCCUUGCAAAUGGACGUGUGAACUGACCAACGACGCUGGCUACGUGGUCUACUCUGCGCUCGGCUCCUUCUACAUCCCCAUGUUCGUCAUGCUGUUCUUCUAUUGGAGGAUCUACAAGGCCGCUGUAAGGACAACCAAGGCAAUCAAUCAAGGGUUUAGAACAACAAAAGGCAAGGGUUUGGGUAGCCGGUUUGACGACAACCGCCUAACGCUUCGCAUUCAUCGAGGACGAGGGUCCGCAAGGCCUCACGGCUCUCCGUUGUCCACAGCAUCGAACCACUCCACGAGUACAUCUCUCAGUGCAUCACCCGAAAGGAUGAGAAGGCACUCAAGCGCACGUCGAGCUCACGAGAAGAUCAAAAUCUCGGUGUCAUACCCGUCAUCGGAACAGAUAUGUCCGGCGCACGAAAACUCUCGCUCACCAAGCCGGUCCCCAAGCCCGUCGCUAUACGCGGUUCACUACGAGAGGGAUGGCAGGGAGCUCACCGAAAGCAGGCUGAGGGUGAGAUCAACUCAUCACCUCGCGCCAACGCCGUUGUAUGACGAUUUUGAUGAUAAACCGCGCACAAGGCGGAUGGGGAAGAGGAAUAUUAAAGCACAAGUGAAACGCUUCAGGAUGGAGACGAAAGCGGCCAAGACUCUUGGAAUUAUUGUGGGAGGCUUCGUGUUCUGCUGGCUACCAUUCUUCAGCGUGUACGUGGUUCGGGCUUUUUUGCGGGAAAUGCGUCACUCCGAUCGUAUUCUCAGUGCUGUUCUGGCUGGGAUAUUGCAACUCGGCCAUCAACCCGUUGAUAUAUGCGCUGUUUUCUAA